UGGAGUGUCGAAUUUAAACCAAAGAAGAAGAAUCUCGUCUCUGAACUGGUUGGAUUUUCAGAUGGAGGACCAGACGCUGUUGGUGAAAAUGGAGAACACUUACAGAAUGACGGACAGAGACAUCCGGCUGAUGAUCCAGCUUCGAGCCUCCAAUGAUGCCAUCUUCACGGGGAGGAGGAACUCUGCCAUGAGAGGCUGGAAGGCGAUUCGGAGAGAGAUGGGGCUGCAGGGCAUGUUGUCAGCGCGGCAGCUGAAGAAGAAGUGGGACAACAUGAAGGAGAAGUACCGGGCGCUGAAGAACCCUCCAGAAGGCAUGGAGAGCCAGACACAGCCCAACACGUGGCGUUGGUUCCAGAUGAUGGAUGAAGCCAUGACGGGCCGCCUGGUUGGGACCGCCAACAUCGUGCAACCCUCCCUGCUGGAUGAAGAUGAGAAUGCCAACUUCACUCCUCCACUCAUUCUGACCGGCGUGGGGACGCCUCUCUCUGGACUAGGCGAUGCUGAAAUGGCUCCUCUAGAAGAUGACGUGACACUCGGGGGCGUCCUGGAGCUCAAUGAUGACGACAGCAGAAAAGAUGAGACGCAGACCAAAACGGAGCUGCUUCCUCAGAUCGUCUCGGUGGAGCAGGGAGACGGAGCGCCGCUGAGAAUCCCUCCACCGCAGAGUCAACCAGUGAUCAACAGUAACCAAACCGCCGUCUAUUACGCCACCUUACUGCCUGACUACACCACAGAGACCGUUAAGACGGCGUCCUCGACUUCCAGAGACACGGUAAAGGGCGGGACAGAGGUGGACAAGAAGAUGGUGGAGCUGCAGAGAGAGAGGCAGGCUCUGGAGCGAGAGCAGGCCGAGUUCGACAGAGAGCUCAUCGCGCUGGAGAGAGAGCGAGAACUGCUGCGGAGAGACGUGGCCUCGCUCGAGAGAGACCGGACCAAUCUGGACAGAGAGCGGGCGGCGAUAGAGAGGGACAGAGCGGCGGUGGAGAGAGAGAGGGCGGUGAUGGAGAGAGACAGAGCGGCUGUAGACAGAGACCGGGUGGUUCUGGACAGAGACCGGGCGUUUUUGGACAGAGACAGAGCGUUCCUGGAGCGAGACCGCGUGUUGGUGGAGCGAGCCCGGGAGGAUUUAGAGAGAGAGAGAGUGCUCUGGCGGCGAGCGAGGGACGGCGAAGGGGAGGGCGUGAACGGACAUCCCGCUGAGAUGGCGUCAGAGAAAGAGGUGGUCUUACAGACGAGGUUUUACCAGCGGCUGACUGCCGCAGAUCUGGACCCUGAGCAGCAGGAGACCAGGCAGAGACUGGUGUCGCUGUUCCAGCGGCUUGUCGAGAAGCUGUGAGCGGCGCCGGCGGCCGCGGCGUGUGUCUACGUGAUCAGGCUGUGAGGUUGUAACUGAUCAAAGACGCCAAGUGACCAAGAAUAAACACAUUUAUACAACUCUGUGUGUAAGGCCAGCACGACAGCAGAAUGUUAGACUUCAACAAUACUUCCAAAAAAGUUGGGACACCGUGUAAAAUUAGAAUAAAAACAGAAGUCGAUGAUUGUUAAAUCUCAUAAACUCAUAUUUGUUUCACAAUAGAACAGAAACAACAGGUCAGAGG